AAUUUGUAUUUGAAACCAAAAACUUUAAUGAGUAUAGUUUUUGUAAAUACUUAUAAAUAUUGAUACAAUAAAUCACUUGUAAUUUGAACUUAACCAAUUAAAACUACAUAAACAUACUUUAUAGUUCUUAUUUCAAUAUUUAAACUUAGUUUUCAGCUUAAAACUUGUUUUUACUCGAAAAUCGUAUGAAUAUAAUAAAAAGUUAAAAGUUUUAAUUUGUUUCUGAUUAUUGUUUACGUCAAGAAGAAACCGUAAUAACCAUGGAGGAACUUAGACGAUUUUUACAUCAAACGUUAAAUAAAAUUGACGGACUUUACACAAUUAUCAUAUCGGAUCAUGAUGGCGUCGUCAUUAUUAAAGCUUCUGCCGAUAAAAGUCUGGACAAUAAUUUUAACUUUAAACAUUCGUUUCUGUCGGAUUUUAAUUCUGCAUCGGAACAAGCAGGAAAACUCGAACUUGGAAAAAACAAAACCGUUAUUUGUUUUUACACAAAUUAUCAAGUUGUCCAGUUAAACUGUUCAUCGGUUUUGAUAACGUUUGUAGCAGCUGAAAAAGCUAAUACCGGCAACAUUUUGGGACUAGAAAAAGUAUUGGAGCCAUUGUUAAAAGAUUUGCGAGCCAUUCAGGUUUCCUAAUUACUGCCAACGAUCUCGACUCUUCAUAUGAGAAAAAUUAAUUCUUUUAUAUUUAUAUAUAUAUAUUUUUUUAAAUAUUUUAUGAUUAUGUUUUUAUUUUUUUUUGAAAUUAUCACUUGUUUUCAAUGAAUAACCAUUAAAUCUCAAAAUAACCUCUUAGUUGUU